AUGAGACCUCAAUCUCCCAAAUUUUUUCAAACUCAGACUAUUGCAACAACAAGAGUUGUCAAUUCUCCACCUAAAGACAAACGUCAUGAUUCUUGUGGUAGAUUAGCAAAGGUUACUACCUAUUAAUCAAGACCUAAAACUACUGUUACAACUACUACAUAUAGACCAGUAAUAGAGACUAGAACUGUUAAAUUGUGUACAGAAAAAAAAUGUUAAGGACAUGUAAGUAAUAUAUUAAUUUUAGGAAACUUUGAUAGAUUAAUUGACAUAAGAAAAUAAUAAAUUAAAUCAAAGAAUAAAUGAACUUUAAAAUGAAUUAGAUUAGUAGGUAGAGAAAUAUUAUAGCGAAUAAUAAAUUUGGGUUGAUACAAGUAUGGAAAUUGAAAGUAUGAAAAAACUAUUAGAAGAAACAUAAAAAAAUCAUAAGCAAGAAGUUACUUAUAUAAAUUCAGAACUUAAUACUUUUAAAUCAUAAUUCUCUUAUUAAGAUGAUUAAAUUAGAUUCUUAACAUCAUAGUUAAAAUAAUAAGAAGUACUUGAAAAUAAAGUUGCUCUUUUAAGUUCUGAAAUUGAAAGACUAUAAUUUGUAAUAGAAGAUAAAAAUGAAGUCAUUUCAUAACUAAAAUUUAGAGUUUAAGAUUAUGAAAAGCAAUUGUAAGUAGGAUAAAAUGUAAUUGAAGAAAGAAAUAAUUAAAUUUUAGAAUUAUAAUAGAAACAAAAUAAUUAUGAAUAAGAACUCAUAUACUCUAAUAAUAUAAUUCAUGAACUUAAAUAUGAAAUUACACAAAAAGAUUAAUAAACAUAAUAAAUGCUUGUAUAAAAGGAUUCUUUAAUGUAAACAUUUAGAGAGAAUUUAGAAUUAUUAGAAUAGAAAUUAGUAUAAUCUCAAUAAAAUGAAUAAUUAUAAGAAGAAAAAAUAGAUAUGAUUUAAAAAGAAAAAGAAAAUUUAAAUAAUAAAAUUAAUUAACUUGAAACUGAAUUAAAUGAAUAACAAGAAUAAAAUCUAUAAUUAAAUUAACAAAUAAUUAUUAAUGAUCAAAAUAAUUAAAAUUUAUAAUAUCAAUUGAUUUAAUAAACAUAACAUCAUGAAAAUUUAUUAUCUAAUAAAGACACUGAACAUUAAUUAACAAAAUAAGAAAGGGAGGCUUUAGUAAAUCAAUUAUAAUAAAUUUAAUAAUAAUUAAAUGAUAAUACUAAAGAAAUUGAUGAUUUGAAAGAUUAAAAUAAAUCUUUGAUUACUUAAUUAUAAGAAAAAACAAAUAAAUUAGAUUCAGUAUCUGAUGAAUUAUAAACAAAAAAUUGUAAAUUAGAUAAUUUAGAUGAGAUGAUUAAAAAUUUACAAUUAACAUUAAGAUAGAAUGAAAAAUUAAUUGUUGAAUUAAAAGAUGAUUUAAAUUUAAAAUCAGAAAGUCUUUAAUAAUUUGAUAAUUAACUAUAAUCAUAAAUAGAAACUAAUAAAUAAUUAUAAAAUCUCAUUUAAGAAUUACAAUAAUAAAAAACAGAUCUUGAAAUUAAAAACAUUCUCUUAUAAACUGAAAUUAAAUAAUAAUAGUUAUAAUUAGAAGAACAUCAAACAUAAAUAAAUGAAAGAAUUAAGGAAACUGAAGUAGUUUAAUAAUAAUUAAAAGAAUAAAUAACUUCGCUGAAUAAAGAAUAAGAUAAAUUGUUACUUCAAAAUUCAGAUCUUCAAUCAAAUCUUUUAAAUAAUUAAUAAAAUUCAUCAGAAUAAAUUACUACAUUAUAAUAACAAAAUGAUAAUCUAAAAGAAGAAAAGUUAAAAUUAAUAGAAUAAAUAUUACUCUAAUGUUUUGAAUUGGAAAAAUAAUAAAUCUUAAAUAAUCAAUAAUAAGAAAAAUUAUCUCAAUAUGAAUAGAGUAAAUAGUAAUAAGUAGAUGAAUUAGAAAAAUCCAAAGAAAAUAGUUAGAAAUAAGAAAUUAAAUUAAUAGAAUUGUAAUAAUAAAUAGAUGAAAAUAUGAAAUAAAUUGAUAGUUUAAAAAAUGAUCUUAAAUAUUAGCUCUCUUUAGAAGAAGAAUUAAAUAAGAAAAAUUAUUUCUAAUAAGAUUAGAUUUCUCAUUUGUAAGGUGUAGAGUAAUAAAUGAAAUAUUUAAAUGAGCAAACUAAUUUAUAAGCAAAAAAUUUAUAAAAAGAAUUAGAAUAUAAGAUUGAAUCUGAAAGUUCAUUAAAAUUCAAGUUGGAGAAAUUAUUAGAAGAAUUAAAAAUAAAAUAAAUGUAAUUAGUAGAACUAGAUUCUUAAAUGAGAUAAAUUGAAUAAAAUAAUAAUAUUGAUCUUUCUAAUUUAGAAGAUAGAAUUAGUUACUUAUAAAAUGAAGUAGAAACUUGGAGGCAAAAAUUCUCUAUUUUAAAUAAAGAUUAUCAUCGAGUUCAAGAAAAUUUAAUGAUGCUUCAAGCAGAAUUUGAUGCAUAUAAGAAAAGAGGAUAAGAUAUCAAAAAUAUUAAGGUAUUAAAUAAAUAUAAUUCUAUAAGGAAUCCACCUAUUUUGAAGUUAGAAAAUCUUCUUUGUAUAAAGAAAACAUUGACAUUAAAGGAAGUUAAACUUCAAUAGGAAGACUUUUCAAAGACAAUAUUUGA